AUGCGCGGUUCGAGUGCUCCGCGUCUGCGCCCCGCUGGAUGUACUGGCUGCAGGGCGACUUCGGGCCGCGGCAGGUACACAGCCGUCCGGCCACCGCCGCGACCAUCGCUGUCAGCCGUGACCACAACGACCAUAAUAUCCAUCACUGCCGAUUCGCCCACCGAUUACACAUACGCACACCAGCUCAUCACUGCGAUCGACAUCUAUAAAUACAUAAUCGAUGUGCAUACCAUUCGCGAGAAGAUAAAUUAG